UCUGAUGGAGUCACCAAGGAAAUCUAUGAUUCAAAUGUGUUGAAAAAAGUAACCUGUGUUACAGCCACCAAGGAAAGUAUAAUGGAACGACUCUCCAGGUUCCAUGAGGAGGAUGAUGACAUUCGCUUUCUCAAUUCAUAUGACAUGAUUAAGAGAAUUGUGUACUCACUUGCAUCAUCACUCACGUUCAGAAUAUUUGGAAUUUCGCUGAUCUUUGUAGAUAUGUCCCUCAUCAUUACAGACCUGCUUGUCACUGAAAGCUCAAUGUAUAUUCCUUUGGAAUAUCGUUCAAUUUCUUUAGCUAUUGCUUUAUUUUUUUUCGUGGAUGUUCUUCUUCGAGUAUAUGUAGAAGGGAUACAACAGUAUUUUUCUGAUUUACUUAACUACUUAGAUGCUGUCAUUAUUGUAGUGACUCUACUGGUUGAUAUGAUUUAUAUGUUUUAUGACUUUAAGUCUCUUCAAACUAUCCCCAGAUUGACAAUUUUAUUUCGACCUCUACGACUUAUCAUUCUGAUAAGAGUUUUUCAUCUGGCUCACCAGAAGAGACACCUUGAGAAGCUGGCCAGAAGGAUGGUUUCGGGAAACAAACGGCGAUACAAGAAGGAUGGAUUUGACUUAGACCUCACUUAUGUUACUGAGCGUAUUAUUGCCAUGUCAUUCCCAUCUUCAGGAAAGGAGUCUUUCUAUAGGAAUCCCAUUAAGGAAGUUGUGCGGUUCCUAGAUACCAAACAUCAAGACCACUAUCAAGUCUACAAUCUAUGCAGUGAAGGAGCUUAUGAUCCUAAGUACUUCCAUUACAGGGUCCAGCGGAUCAUGAUUGAUGAUCACAAUGUCCCCACUCUAAGUGAGAUGGUGGCAUUCACCAAGGAAGUAGAUAAGUGGAUGGCUCAAGAUGACGAAAACAUCGUAGCGAUACACUGCAAGGGAGGCAAAGGAAGAACUGGAACUAUGGUUUGUGCCUACCUUAUUGCCAGUGAAAUAUUUGUAACUGCAGAGGAGAGCCUUUAUUAUUUUGGAGAACGGCGCACAGAUAAAAGCACCAGCACUAAAUUUCAGGGAGUUGAAACUCCUUCUCAGAAUAGAUAUGUUGGAUAUUUUGCAGAUGUGAAAAAUAUCUACAACAUGAGUCUCCCUCCAAGGAAAACGCUUAAGAUAAAAAAAAUCGUCAUUUAUUCCAUUCAUGGUGUUGGAAAAGGCAAUGGAAGUGAUCUAAAAGUACAAAUAAUAAUGCAGCACAAGAUCGUCUUUUUCUGUUCAGCUUCCAAAAACUGUCAGAUUUUUCAUGAUGUUGAAACAGACAGCGUAAUAAUUCAUCUAUCCAACUGCCCACCUGUGUAUGAUGAUGUGAAAGUGCAGUUUUUCUCUUCGGAUCUUCCUAAAUACUAUGACAACUGCCCAUUUUUCUUUUGGUUCCACACAUCUUUUAUACAAAACAACAGGCUUUAUCUUCCAAGAAAUGAAUUGGAUAAUCCCCAUAAACAAAAAACAUGGAAAAUUUACCGUCCAGAGUUUGCAGUCGAGGUAUAUUGUGAUGAAGUCAUAGCUGAUACCUGA